AUGGCGAGUGAUUCUGACAGCAAUAAAAAGCGCUCUUCUCAUUCCACUGAUAAGUGGAAAACGUUAUAUGAGAUUAACCAGGUCUGGUAUUAUCCAAAAGUAGAGAAAAAGUGGCACGUCCCGAACAAGUUCGGAACGUGCCUGAUAACGCCACCGAAGUGUGUAUAUAAGACCUCUUGGAGCACAUCUGUGGUAGUCGAGCAAGCAGCGCUCCCAACGAACGUCCUGGAUAAGCGAGGCGCACGAACCGCACGUCCAGCGACUCCCGACCAGCCACUUGCCUUCCGCACCGCCGCCAGCGCACACAUGGGUGACAUCUCUCCCACCGCCAGACACUCCUGCCGCAGGAUGCCGCCGAAAGGCCAGGACACGCUCACGGCCCUCAUCUGCCGGAAACUACGGGAGAGCGGCCAGGACGACGAGUUCCUGCAGAGCGUGAUGGCCGCCCUGUACGAGCUGAGGGAGGAGCUGAGCAGGUGUCCCUCCCGCAAGGCAUCCGUCAAGCUCGUCCGCCGCACGCUGUCGAGGGCCAUCGCCGAGGGGAGGAGGGACCAGGACACGGCGAGGGACACGCACGACGACCUACGAGCGAGGCCGGAGGAACUCGUUCCCACGAUCGACCAGCUGCUGGAGGAGGAGCUCAAGGGGGAGGAGGAGUUCGAGGAAGAGCAGAAAACGGAGGAAGCCAAGGGAGAAGAGGCGCAGGAUGAAAUUUUGGCAGAAGGCGGACUCGAGUGCGGAGAGGACGUUCCCGACCACAAGGGAACGACAGGAACACGACCUCAGAAAGACGACCACGAGGCAUCGGGGGAAAAGCAACUGACAGAAGACAGUAAACGACGCUCCUUCUUCGAUUCUUAUGAAGGAAAUAAUGUUUGCGACGGGAAAGGAGGAAACACCCAGGACACGGCGAUUCUCAACGGGGUACAGAUCGAAAGGGUUUUCCCUGAGAAAGGACGCCCGUUUUCACACUUUUACGGAGACGAAGACAGAGAGAUCAUGUCCGUUAGACUUGUUAUGGAGAAGAACAAGUGCGCUCUCUACAAACUAGAAGGCGAAACGUCCACAAAACUGGGAGUGUUCCACGCUGACCACAUGACGAAGCUCAAGAACGGCUUCAAAGUGAAACUGGACACCCAAAUGACCACAGAUGAACUGGAUGGAGGCAAGCGACUCAGGAAGGGAAGGAAGAGGAACAGAGACGCGUCUUUGGUGAUCCUGACCGUUCCGGAGGAGCAGCAGAGGGAGUGCAUGAACGUCUUAUCUAAGAUGAGAAAAACACUCCCUGGAAUCCUCUUUGGAUAAUCUUGUAGAUGCAUCUUGUAUUUCAUUGUAUAUUGUAUUAGUGCUUGUUGUGUUGCCAUAAAAUUUAGAUUUUCUGUUUCA